ACUGUUUCCCAAAAAGUUGUAAAUCAGCUUAAGCCAUGAAAUUUCCCUCGUUCAUCCUAUUUGUUGUAUUUGUCAACCUAUGGCUUGUAGCUUUAGUUCAUGCGAGCGGCAGCAAAGGAAUGUUUUGCAAGGCUGUCGAUGACGAAGCUGAUAUUCUUGGCAAAGGAAAUUGCGAACAAGCCAAAGUUAAUGCUACAGUGACAGAGCAUGUUAAAUCAAUGGAAAGCUCAAUAAUCGCAAAGAUGGCCGAAAUGGAAGAAAAACUUCUACAAAGACUAAGUAAUCUGAAAGUAUCACUCUAUCAAGUUAAAAAGGAAAUACAAUCAGAGAUCUGUGGAGGCUUUCAUUACAAUGGAAGAUGCUAUUGGGCUACGGUGUAUGCCAUUCAAAAUACUGAUUAUAGUGAAGCUGUUGCCUUGUGCAAGGACAAAGCCGGAGAGCCUGCCGAUAUCCUCGAUUCCAAACAUUACGAUUUGAUAAUGGAAUACAUUCGAUCGAUUAUUACGUCAUCAAACACGUACCUGUGGCUCGGGAUGACCGUCACACCACACAAUGGAGCUGUUCAAUUGUCAAAUGGGGUCACAGCUCCGUAUUUGAAUUAUGAACCAAAUUAUCCUGCGGACACUCGGUUUUUCACCCGAAUGACCAUCGCAGUGAACAAAGAAUCCUCCAGCGAAGAACAGGGAAUGUGGAACACUAGAGCUUUUGAUGACUUGCAUGGAGUUGUUUGUCAAAAGUAAAAGCAAUCAGCCACAACGAUGAACUGUAUACAUGUGAUAGAUUAUUUUGGAAUGUUUAUUAAAUUACGUAUUGUGAAUAUACAUUUGUGAUCAGUG